AAUCGAUACGAAAUGAUACAAAUUGUCGAGCUAAUAAAUAUUUUACUUCAAUGCCUUGUUGGUUUGAAUCAUGAGUGCGGGUGAUAUCCGGAAUUAAUCCGUUUUAACCAUUCUACCAAAAAUGAAGUGUAAAUUGUUUGUGCUAGUGACGUUAACAGUAUUAUUAUUAUUUCUAAGUUUGUCAAAUGAGCAAAAGAUAAAGAAAGGUGCCGUUGUUACAAACGGAUAUGGAUGCUCAGACAUAGGAGUUGAUAUUUUAGAGAAAGGUGGCAACGCUGUAGAUUCGGCUAUUGCAACCCUAUUUUGCGAAGGGGUAUCCAUGCCCCAGUCCAUGGGUCUCGGUGGUGGUUUUGUCGUUACUUUAUACAAUAAAAGCACUAAUGAAAUGUGGACAUUGGACGCAAGAGAAACGGCUCCCAAAGCAGCUUUUAGGGAUAUGUUCCUGGAUCAUCCAGAUUCCUCAAAAUGGGGUGGUAAAGCAGUGGCAGUACCGGGUGAGCUGAGGGGAUACUGGCAUCUCUACAAAAAAUUUGGAGGAGGCUUACCGUGGAAGCAAUUGGUUGAACCCACUAUUCAAAUGUGCACGAAUGGUGUGUACGUUACAAAAUUUUUAGCCAGCGUUUACAAAAGGAAGAAAGAUUUUUUGUACAAAGAUCCAGUAUUGAGGUCCAUUUAUAUUAAGCCUUCGAAUAACGAAACGUAUCAAGAAGGAGAAUCUGUCAAACUACUUAAACUAGCCGAAACACUAUCAAUAAUCGCAGAAGAAGGCGGUGAUUCUCUGCAUAAUGGCUCACUAACAGAAAAUUUUGUUAAAGAUAUCAAAAGCAAUAAAGGGAUAAUCGCCAAGGAAGACAUGAAUACCUACGAACCACUUUGGAACCAACCUAUAUCUAUCGGCCUCAAGAACGAUAACACUCUGUACACAUCACCUUUACCAGCAAGUGGAAUACUGUUAUCCCUAAUUUUAAAUACGUUAAGUGACUACGUAGAUGCAGAUGACGAUGAAGUAACGAGAACACAGAGAAUCGUGGAAACUUUCAAAUUCGCGUACGGAAGAAGAGGCGAAAUGGGCGAUCCAAAUUUCGUGAACGUCACCGAGUUAAUAAACGACUAUAUUUCCGAGUCGUACGCAGGCAAAAUAAGGAGUAUGAUAUCGGAUAGCAAGACUUACCAAAAUCCUGAUCAUUACAACGCCAAGUUCUACACGCCGGACGAUCACGGGACUGCGCACAUUUCUAUUCUAUCUCCUGAUGGAGACGCUGUCUCCGUCACCAGCACCAUUAAUCUUCUAUUCGGAGCGGGAUUCGCGUCGAAGAGCACCGGAAUCAUUUUGAACAACGAAAUGAGGGACUUUUCAUCGCCGAACAUGAUGAAUGGCAACGGUUUCGCAUCGUCCUCUUCGAACUACGUGGCGCCGGGAAAGAGAGCCGUGUCUUCUAUGUGCCCUGUUAUAGUUACAGACGGGAACAAAAACGUUUUAAUGGUUAUUGGUGGAGCUGGCGGGCCCAAAAUCACAACGGCAGUUUCAUUGACCAUACUGAGGCAUUUGUGGUUGGGAAUGGAUUUAAAAUCUGCAAUUUAUGAAAAGCGGUUUCAUCAUCAGUUAUUCCCCAUGGAAAUUAUUUUUGAUGCAGAGUAUGAGACAGAGGGAAGAAAUAUAGUAGAAGCACUAGCGAAAUUCGGGCAUAAAUACAGUUUUCAUGAUGACAAUGGAUUCGCAGCUGUAACUGGAAUAUCCACGAAAAACAAUGAAAUAUUCGCUUGGAGCGAUAAAAGAAGACCGGGGUACACGACUUAUAUCUACUAAAUUGAUUAAUAUUGUUUAAUUGUGAUAAUUACUUAAUAAUUAAUAGUAAAUACAAAGUACUUGAAGUUGUAUUGUUUGAAACUCGCUGGAAGCUCGGGAAGGGCUCCGCCCCUCUACCCCCGGCUACACGUCGACAGUUUCAUUGCCUGUUUCUCGCUCGGGAAUACAGCGGCGUUGUCGAGUAUUUACUGUUUUAUUUAAUUUAAGGGAAAGUUGAUGAUGAUUAUUGUUUAAUCCUAAGUACAAUACAGGGUGUGUCACGACGAAUUUAAACUAUCUAUAUGUUGCAUAUGUUGAAACUACUUAUUGCAUAACAUAUGUAUAACAAAUUUUAUUGAAAUUGGAUCGGUAGUUUCCAAUAUACAGAUAGUUUAAGCUCGUCGUGAUAUACCCUGUAUUGGUAGAAAUAUUUUAUAGUUGUGGAUAAGGGUAGUUAGAAAAAGAUGAGGGUAAGUCAAUAACUUUUAUUAUAAUUUAAAUAAGUAAAUAUAAUUUAGGUAGAAUAAUCAUGACAAUAAUACGAACUAGUUCAUUUUGCGUUUAAAAGCAUACAUUUAUCAGUAAUUGUAAUUAUAUCAGUUCACUGCUCCAAGCCAAUAAAAUGAGGUCGAAAAAAUUGGUAACGAUUUACUGAAAUUCACUCCAAAAAUCUGUUUCUCGUAUCUACACGUCGUAUUUACGUCGUAUCUUAUCAUUACUUAUCCGAUUAUACAAAAAAAAUCAUAUUUAAAAAAAUGCAUUAAUAAAUAAAAUUUUACUUAUCAGAUACAUACAAAGUGUAUGAAAUCGCAAAUCAGGAACAAAACAACUACUUGCUCGACACGCUUGGUAUUUUAUCUCGAAAAUUAUUUACAAAUCGAACGUUUAACAGCUAAGUAGAUGUUCUUCAAAAACAAUCAUUUACUAAUAAAAAAUUGAUUAUCCAAAUUUAUUGAGCACAUCUUAUACAAUAAAAAAAAUUGAUAACGUAAAGCGAUAUUUCUCAAUUUCAUCGAAUUUUCCAAAUCUUUCCUUAACCCACAGGUUUCGUCUAGGCAAUUUUUACAAAGUGGUUUGCCUAACACACUAAAACAACCCAUUACAACUAAAUUUAUCAACUAACGUAAGUUAAUUCGUCGCGGCAUUCGUAUACAAGGUGAUUGCAUAUUAGACCUUCACGAAGCAUGAUUUUUGUAAUAUGUACCAAACUCCGUAGGAGUUACUCGCAAAGUUAUUAAAUGUUUUCGUUCGCGCGAUGAAAACAUUCUCAAAGCAACUACAGCGCUCAUAAAUUACACAAUUUCCCGAUUAUAAAUUAUUUCGAACUUGCCUCGCAGAAGAGUCUGUUAUGAACCACCUUGUAUACUGUUAAAGGAAAAUACAUAUUUCAACAAUUUAGGUACUAAAAAUGGCAUCUUUUCUCGCACACGGACUAGCCUUUUAGAAAAGUAAGCUCGCUUAGUAAGUACAAUCUUAGAGGAAUUAGAAAUGUAUUUUGUACGACUUGAACAAGUUUACUCGCAGUUAUUUUCAUGAAACAUGUAGUAAUGUGAAAUUAAAAGGCUAAACCACUGCAAAGCAGACAAAGAUUACCUCUACAUACCACCAAAUGAACAGUAGCUUAGUGAAAAUCAGCAAAGUCUUAUAAUUUAGAACGGAUUCAGUGCACAAUAUACUCGAUUAUUUCGUGUUUGACAACGUAUCAUUUGACACAGACUAACUACAUUAAUAUUCAAUAGAGCUCAGUCGACGGACAGUCGCACUAAUCUAGAAUUAACAAAACUUAAUUGGUCAUUAUACUACAACAUUAGAUUUUCUCGACAACUAAGAACGUUGAGCUUCAAUUUACGAGGAGGGGCAGACGGACACGAUUGCAAUACAUUAACCACGUAAGUGUUUUAUUUUAGGGUGUGUAAGUAUAAUUAGGCUAAAUCGUGGAAAAGUAAAACGAAAAGAUGUUUAACUGUAUGUUAUACUCUGCGCCACCCCGUUCACAGUCUUUGAUUUCAGAACGUCGUUUUCGUAUGACAAUACUGUCUCCUUGCCGUUCUCGUAGAU